CUCUCCUCUGAUCUCUCUCAAUCACAUUCGCAGUUUUCACUUUCUCUCUCCAACUUCCUAUCAUGGCUGUUAACUCCAGUUUGUCAUCGCCGCUCGGCCCUCCGGCGUGUGAGAAGGAUGCAGAGGCUCUUCAGUUCAUUGAUGAGAUGACCAAGAACGCUGACUCGGUGCAAGAGAAGGUUUUGGGAGAAAUUCUGAGCCGAAAUGCUAAAACGGAGUAUCUUCAGAGGUUCCAACUAUCUGGGGCAACAGACAGAGACAGCUUCAAGUCAAAAAUACCAGUUGUUACCUAUGAGGAUCUCCAGCCUGAGAUCCAACGCAUUGCCAACGGUGACGGGUCCCCAAUCCUAUGUUCCCACCCCAUCUCUGAGUUCCUCACCAGUUCUGGGACAUCAGCUGGUGAAAGAAAGUUCAUGCCAACAAUUCAUGAAGAGCUUGACCGCAGGCAGAAGCUAUACAGUCUUCUCAUGCCUGUGAUGAACCUUUAUGUCCCGGGUUUGGACAAAGGGAAGUGGCUGAACUUCCUCUUUGUGAAGGCCGAAAUCAAGACCCCAGGUGGUCUACUUGCACGUCCGGUCCUGACCAGUUACUACAAAAGUGAUCAUUUCAAGACCAGACCUUAUGACCCUUACGUUGUUUACACAAGCCCUAAUGAGGCCAUUCUGUGUUCGGAUUCCUUCCAAAGCAUGUAUACGCAGAUGCUUUGUGGCCUCAUCAUGCGCGAAGAUGUCCUCCGAGUCGGUGCCGUUUUUGCCUCCGGCCUAGUCCGAGCCAUCAAGUUCCUUCAACUCAAUUGGAAACAAUUGGCUUCUGACAUUGAAUCAGGGACUUUGAACCCUAAAAUUACUGACCCUUCUAUUAGGGAAUGCAUGAGUAAAAUCCUCAAACCAAACCCUGAAUUGUCUCAGUUCAUCACCAAGGAUUGUGAAGGUGAGGUUUGGGAGGGUAUUAUUAGUAGAAUUUGGCCCAACACAAAGUACCUUGAUGUGAUCGUUACUGGUGCAAUGGCUCAAUACAUUCCUACUCUUGAUUAUUACAGUGGUGGGCUACCAAAAGCUUGCACUAUGUAUGCAUCUUCUGAGUGCUAUUUUGGCCUAAAUUUAAAGCCGAUGUCCAAGCCCUCUGAAGUAAGUUACACCAUCAUGCCAAACAUGGGCUACUUCGAGUUCAUCCCACACGACCCAGCGAACCCAGUGAGUCUCUCUCGUGACUCGCCGCCUCGCCUUGUUGACCUCGCCGACGUAGAAGUGGGAAAGGAAUAUGAACUGGUGAUCACAACCUAUUCUGGGCUGUGCCGAUACCGAGUUGGUGAUAUCCUCCGAGUCACGGGGUUCCACAACUCGGCUCCCCAGUUCAAAUUCAUAAGGAGGAAGAACGUGUUACUGAGCAUUGACUCGGACAAGACCGAUGAGACUGAGUUGCAAAAGGCCAUUGAAAACGCCUCUGCACUUCUACGUGAAUUCAAUACGAGUGUGGUUGAAUACACAAGUUAUGCUGAUACUAAAACAAUUCCUGGGCACUACGUGAUUUACUGGGAAUUACUCGUGAAAGACCCAUCAUUUUCUCCAAGUCACGAAGUUCUGGAGCAGUGCUGCUUAGCAAUGGAAGAGUCAAUGAACACGGUAUAUCGACAAGGCCGAGUCGCGGACAACUCAAUUGGGCCACUGGAGAUUAGGGUUGUGAAAAAUGGAACUUUUGAGGAACUCAUGGACUAUGCAAUCUCUAGGGGUGCCUCCAUUAACCAAUACAAGGUUCCAAGGUGCGUCAACUUUUCACCCAUCAUGGAACUCCUUGACUCUAGGGUUGUCUCGGCACAUUUUAGCCCUGCUCCACCGCAGUGGACCCCAGAACGGCGAGGUUGAUCGCGAAGGUGACGUCAAGUGAAGGAAUAAAGGUUGCCCUGAAAAAUCUGAUUAGCCACCAACCAAACAGGCCUCUGGAACUUUGGACCUAAAAACUUCUCCCUUUUUUCUGUCUCCCUCUCUCUCUCUGGAUUGUGAUCUAGCUUUGAAAAGUGUCUUUAGUUUUGUUUCUUUUGAAAUUGCAGAGUCUGAUCUUUGGCUUUGUGUUGGUUCAAAUAAUCUGUACGCAUGAUGUAAUUGUCACUUGAUUGUUCUGUAGCGUAUCGUUGUCUUUGUCUUUCUGCUUUCUUAAAGUUGGAGAAAAGAUGUU